CGGUAAUGUUUUUUGUUGAGACGAACAGCUAACCUGAGCGAGAACCAAUGAAUCCGAGCAUUAGUGACUCAUUCAUGGAACCAAUGAACCACCCCGAUACCCGUGGAGAACUUCUCAGACAGGAAACGGCUCAGUGAACGGGCCCCACAGCGAAUAUAACACCAGCUCUCAGAGAGACCUGUUCGCUGGAACCGAGUCUUUCCGACCCGUGUCUCGUUCCUCACUAGGUGGUUGUGGAAACGCCCAGACGGGAUUCGGUUUGCAAAGCCCGGACCGUUGGUCAGUGAAUCAAUCCCGAGACACAUUUAUAUGGGGCCCGUCUGGAGCCCCCAGUGCUGACAUCGGACAUCUUUGGAACAUCGGACAUCGUUGGAUGGACCAGGAGAGUGCAUACUCGGCUACGACACCAUUGGCUGAUGUGGGCAGUCAUGCUGUCUGCUGACUUCACAACCCAACUAUAGUCAACACCAGCCAUGCCAUUGGUACCAGUGGACUUCGUCACCUGGUCACCUCACAAGACAACCCCGAGGAAGAUCAACCAGGAUGGACUCUGGUGCCCUUGUUGGUAGCAGCACAUGCUCGGUUGCGCAGCCUCAGUGAAGAGAGUUCGAGAUUUCGAUCCCUGGGUGUGUGACAUCACGACGGAGACCUGGACUACGGCGAGGCAGAUCAACACGAAUCCGCAACCCGAGUGAAUCGAGGGAGGAUUGGCUUUACGGAGGCGUGCUAGUCCUGAAGCUUGUCACAACGAGCAAGGAAACGAUCCCCUGGAGCGGCGACACGGGACGAGUUGCGCCAGGUUCCGAACCCGUGACUCCGGCUGCUAAGACAUGGCUGACGUUUCCCAGUCAACACCGCGGAGCAACCCGAGUUCCAUCACCGUGCGCCUGAGGACGGGGUGAGGCUGUUCGCGGAUGAAGCCCCACCAGAUGUUCAUCGUCGGCCACCCAUUGGUACAUAGAACAUGUCAGGACUAUAAAAACACUAGAUACUGGGUGGGAGUGACGCGCAGUAUAUGAUGGUUAACGAUAUACAGACUGCAGGAAUCCCAAGCGUUUCACUUAAUUAUAGUUAUGUAUAGAAACACUAUAAUUGUCUUCUUGUGUAAUAUUUUCCCGUUGAUUACAGUUAACCAUAUUUCUGUGAUACUCGCAUGCAUGUUGAGGCCCUCUAACGAGAAGGGCUGAUCAUUCAUAAUUACCUCUAUGUUUAGGUCCCCCAUUUUGUUUCUCUUAAAUUUAAAAAUAAAGUUGACAUAAAGACUAAUCACACAACGUAUGUUUGUAGAAAGUCAUAGAGUGUUACUUGCAGUAGCAGUAAUUUUUGUUAUGUAUUUUCGCAGUGCAAGCUUUCUCAGAAUUCUUGAUGAGCAAUUACGUUAACCGAAAUAUUGAGGCACUGCCUAUUGAUUGAUAUAUUGUUUGCAUUUGUACAAAUUUCAUGUAUCCCUAAUAAACUUUUGUUGCAUACCCCUGACUCUAAUUUAUUCAACCUUUGCCCAACUAUUUAUAGUUGUCCGCAGCAAUUUUAAUAUUUUAUGUUCAAAUACAAUUAUAUACUCAAUAAGGAACAAUUUACAAAGAGUUUUAUUUAUCGAACAAGCUAUGCAAUUUUUGUGUGCGGUUGUAUGCUUCACGCAAUGUGCGUAUUUUUAUCGAGUUAUUCCAUUAAUGGCGGACAUAAUGCUGGCGGAAGAGAAAUUCUGCUAUGGAAUAUGGCAAACACAUAAUAUGAGAUGGAUAAUUCGUUUUCUUUAACUACCAAUUUUGAUUUUGUUUGUGAACUGGUGCUUGAUAAUUUCUUGAAGUAGACCCACACAGAAACAACAAUGAGCAAGUACAUGUCGACUGCGAACCUAUCGGACAAGGAGUUGAAGGAACAAGGAAACAGGCUGUACAGUUUAAGGAAGUAUGACGAAGCAGUUUGCUGCUACACGAAAGCCAUUAUAAAGAACCCCGACGUGGCGACGUACUUCACCAAUCGAGCGCUGUGCCACCUGAAGAUGAAGUCGUGGGACGCGACGUGCCUGGACUGUCGUCGCGCGCUCGACAUGGACCCCAACCUCGUGAAGGGCCACUUCUUUCUGGGACAGGCGCUCUUCGAGAUGGACAGCUACGACGAGGCGAUAAAGCACCUGCAGAGAGCACACGAUCUGGCCAAAGAACAGAAACUGAAUUUCGGUGAUGAGAUUGCUUGCCAACUUCGUGCGUGUCGAAAGAAACGAUGGAAUGUGCAAGAAGAAAAACGAAUAUCUCAAGAAAUAGAACUGCAGUCGUACCUGAACCGGCUGAUCAGGGAAGACACGGAGCGCCAGGUGGAGCGAGUCAAGGAGGAGACCAGCGCCAACGAGGAUCAGAUACAGGAGACCGUAGGGGAGCUGGACCGAGCGUGCGAAAACAAUACCAGUGAACUGAAUGCGAUGUUUGCCAAAAUUGAUGAUAGGCGAAGGAAGCGAGAUGUACCCGACUAUCUGUGCGGGAAGAUCAGCUUCGAGAUCCUGCGAGAGCCAGUCAUCACGCCCAGUGGCAUCACGUACGAGAGGAAAGACAUUGAGGAGCAUCUGCAGAGAGUGGGGCACUUUGACCCGGUGACGCGGGUGAAGCUGACCCAGGACCAGCUCAUACCCAACUUCGCGAUGAAGGAGGUCGUGGAUGCGUUCCUCCAGGACAACGAGUGGGCCAUGGAUUACUGAUACGCGUCGCCGUGUCGCACGGACCGUGUCGCCCUCGCUGCAAACACGGAAACUCGACUGAAGGAAAAACCCCAUUUUAGACUGUUCACGACCUUGUCUUGUGCGGACUACCACCAUCCAUUCUGUAAGGUCGUCACGAAGUAGUAAAAAAGACCUCAUAGUGUUUUCACGGCAGCCAUGAACAUAACAUUAAUAGUGUUUUAUGUUGAAUUUUUUUGUUGUGAUUUAAAAUUAGUUGUAAUUUUUAUUUGAUAAUUAUAUAUGGCCAUGGGUUAUAUAGGGCAGAACCCAGAUUUUACAUUAUCAAUUUCCUGUAACACUAAAUUAUGUUCCCUUCGUGCCAUGUGUGUGCACACACAUCACAACUCCUGUGGUAACCAGGCAAGGAUAUAUGAUCUCACUGGUUUGCAAUUUUUUUGAGGCCAUUUGGUAUAUUUUGUCUAGCUCUGGAUAAAUUUUAUUUGCUUGCUCUAAAAGGGGAAAAAUAUUUUCUUUGUCUCAAUAAAGUAAUGUCAAAUUAAGUCCUUCAUGUUGUGCUGAGAACCAGGGGUUUGCAUGUUGAAAUAAAUUUUUUUUCCAUUCAUCCAAUAUUGCUCUCGACAGAACUUUGAAAGUAUCUACCACAGCGUCAUUUACUUGCUGCAUCUGCAUUUCUGUACGUUAUUUACUUCUGCUUUCUGUACAAGUUCAAAGCUACGCUAAUGUGCAUCACAGUGGUAAUUUUAUUUACAAAGGAAAAAUCUGCUGGAAAGUAUAAAAGAUGUAUAUGUUUUUAAUUUAUUAUUAAUAAUGAAGUCAUUCUCUUUACCAGAUAUAUAAUUUAUAAAAGAUUGCAUUUUCAUUUACAAGACCUUAAGUGUGUUAAUUAUAUACAUGAAAUGCUAAGACUUGUAACAUUUAUUCUUAUUCACAUAUUUUAUUAUGUGUAAUUUUUUAAGUGUAAAAUCAGGGUUUGCAUUUACAUUUCAUGAUCAAAGUGUUUCAAAAUUUAAGUACUUUUGUCAUUUUAAAAGAUGUAUUUUGGUUUUUUCUCUACUACUCACAAUGAACUUGAUGUAGUUACACGGAACGAAACAGAGCUCAUGACUUCACACGAGGCAAAUCAGCACCUGCAGAGACAUGUUGUAAAUAUUAAGAAUGUGUGAAGGGAGACUGUUGUAAGUCAAUAAAGAACAAUUUUCAUGAUUAA